AUGUAUGUGAAGGAGGCAGAGCAUGCAGGACUACUCCCUCACGCUGAACCUUUGAAAAGGCAGCAGGCUGUAGAUUUGGAAGAGGCACAGCUGAAAGUCAAAAGAGAUCAGUUAGUUUUAGAGGCAGCAAUUGCAGAAUCUAAUGGAAAACUGAUAGGUGUUAAAGUGCACAAAAAUGCAUUGAAAAAGGAUGAACACACCAAUUAUGUAACCAGAAGUUCUUUGGAAAAAGCCCAGAAGGAACUCAAUCCACCAUUACAUUCCCUUAUAUUAGAAUGCCAAAAAAGACACAUGAUGGUCAACAGGAUACUAGAGCAGCAGAAAGCUUUAACUCUGGUCCUGUCAGCAGGCAAGAUGGUGUUUACAUUUGACUACUGCUUCUGGUCAGUAGAUGAAACCGAACUUGUGAAAUAUGCAAGUCAAGAUGUUGUUUUUCAUUGUCUUGGGGAAAACUUGUUGCAGAAUGCCUUCAACGGGUAUAAUGCCUGUAUUUUUGCCUAUGGACAAACUGGUUCUGGAAAGUCGUACACAAUGAUGGGUCCAUCUGAUCAACCUGGUUUAAUACCACGGCUUUGCAGUUCUUUAUUUCAAAGAACCCUGCAGGAAACAGAAGAAAAGGAGAACUUCACAGUUGAAGUGUCUUAUAUGGAAAUCUAUAAUGAGAAAGUACGAGACCUUCUUGAUCCCAAAGGUGGCCAGCAUUCCUUAAAAGUAAGGGAACACAAGGUUCUUGGUCCUUAUGUUGAUGGUCUCUCAAGACUUGCAGUAACUAGCUGUAAGGAUAUAGAAUCUCUGAUGUCAGAAGGGAAUAAGUCUCGAACUGUAGCAGCAACUAAUAUGAAUGAGGAAAGCAGCCGUUCACAUGCGGUCUUCAACAUAAUCUUGACACACACAAUUCAUGAUUUGCAAUCUGGGACAUCAGGGGAGAAGGUUAGUAAGCUAAGUUUGGUGGAUUUGGCUGGCAGUGAGAGGGCAACCAAGACUGGAGCUGUAGGAGAAAGAUUAAAAGAAAGGGAUGCAACAUCAAUAAGUGAAUCUUUAACAACACUGGGUUUAGUUAUUUCUGCCCUUUCUGACCAUUCAACAAGAAAGAAUAAAUUUAUUCCAUAUAGAGAUUCUGUUCUUACCUGGCUGCUUAAGGAUAGUCUUGGAGGUAACAGCAAGACAGCAAUGAUUGCAACAGUGAGCCCUGCUGCCGACAGCUAUGAUGAAACUUUGUCUACGUUGCGUUAUGCAGAUCGUGCAAAGCAUAUUGUUAAUCAUGCUGUGGUAAAUGAGGAUCCAAAUGCUCGUAUAAUCCGGCAGCUCAGAGAAGAAGUGGAAAAAUUACGAGAGCAGCUUACAGAAGCAGAGUCUCUGAAAGCUCCAGAACUGAAGGAUCGUUUGGUGGAGUCGGAAAAGUUAUUUAAAGAAAUGACUGUCACAUGGGAAGAGAAGCUUCACAAGACUGAAGAAAUUGCUCAGGAGCGCCAGAAGCAGCUGGAAAGCUUGGGAAUAUCUCUACAAUCAUCUGGUAUUCGUGUUGGUGAGGACAAAAGCUUCUUAGUCAACCUGAAUGCAGAUCCAGCACUCAGUGAACUUUUGGUGUACUAUUUAAAGGAACACACCCUGGUUGGGUCAGCUGACUCGCAGGACAUUCAACUUUGUGGCAUGGGAAUUCAAGAUGAACACUGCACCAUUGACAUUACAGGAGAUGGACAAGUUGUUCUCUCUCCAAAUGAGAACGGAAGAACAUGUGUAAAUGGAUCAAUAGUGAAUGGACCAGUAUUCCUUCAUCACGGGGAUCGAAUCCUCUGGGGUAAUAAUCAUUUUUUCAGAAUAAAUCUUCCAAAGCAAAGACGCCAUCUGGAGUUUGAAAAUGAGGAGGAUACUAUAAACUGUAGCAGCAGCAGAGGUCAGUUACAUGUUGACGGAGAUAACACUAAUGAUCGCUUUACUGAUACCAGCUUCAGUUAUGAAUCUGCGCAGAUGGAAGUCAUGAUGAAGGCUUUGGGCAAAAAUGAACCAGUGCAGUCUAUUCUUUGGAGUUUAGAACAGCAUCAUGAAGAAGAAAAGCAGUCUGCCUUGGAAAGACAGCGCAUUAUGUAUGAACAAGAAUUAGAGUAUCUAAGACGCCACAUAACACGGCAUGAUCAGCCUAAAUAUCAUAGUAUGGAACGCCUCUCCACAUCAUCCAGUAGUGUACAGCAGAGACUACAGUGGAAUGAAGAGAGGGAAGAACUCCUAAGAGUUAGCCUACGGAAGUUAAAGGAGCAGAUUGUAAGAGCAAAUCUUUUGGUUCAGGAAGCUAGCUUCAUUGCACAGGAGUUAGAAAAGAAAACAGAGUAUUACGUAACCCUUCAGAUACCAGCAAGCAAUCUCAAUGCUAACAAAAAGUGGGAUGCGGUACUAAGUGAGCCAGCUGUGCAUGUGCGCAGAAAGGGGAAAAGUAAACAAAUAUGGGCCUUGGAGAAACUGGAAAAUAGACUUGUGGAUAUGAGGGAGCUUUACCAAGAGUGGAAGAACUUUGAUGAUGAAAAUCCUGUCAUGCAUUCAUAUUUAAAAAGAGCUGAUCCUUUCUUUGAUGAAGAGGAGAAUCAUACCUUGAUUGGCGUGGCUAAUGUUUUCCUUUCUUGCCUUUUCUAUGAUGUAAAAUUUCAGUAUGCUGUUCCUAUCAUUAGUCAAAAGGGAGAGAUGGUGGGACGACUACAUGUGGAACUGUUCAGGGUGAGUGAAAAUAUGCAAGAAAGGUUGGCUGGAGGAGAAACUCCUGAAAAUACUGAUGAGAAUGUAACUCCACAAAAAACAUUAGUAUGUGUGAUACGAAUACUUCAAGCCACAGGUCUUCCACAUUUCUUAUCUAAGUUUGUAUUCUGCAAGUACUGCUUUUGGGGCCAGUUGGAUCCAACAUCUGUUGCCCCUGAGGUAGACACUUUAAAUUCUUCCCCAGCUGUUAAGGACCUCCAAAGUAUGGUGGUCUUUGAUCAUUCAAAGACAUUUUCCAUUGCAUCAACUGAAGACUUCAUUGACUAUCUCACAGAGGGAGCAUUGGCAAUUGAAGUGUACGGACACAAACAAACCAGUUUGUUAAAUCAAAAGAGUCUUGCUCUAUGGGAUUUAGGCAUCAUCCAAGCCAAGACUCGGACUUUUAGAGAUAGGUGGAGUGAAUUAACUCGCAAAGUGGAAAUGUGGGUUCAUAUUUUGGAACAAGACGAGAAUGGAGACUAUGUGGCAGUAGAGGUGGUCUCUACUAAAGGUGUUUGUACUGGAGGGAUCUUCCAACUCAAACAAGGACUGUCCCGAAGAAUUCAAGUUCAUGUUCGUUCAGUGCAAGACUCUGGCACUAUGCCUCUUAUCAUAAAAUCAAUACUGAGCAUUUCUGUAGGCGGUAUAAAGGUUCACCAAAGAAAGCCUCAGAAAGGAUUUGAUUCCCAUCAGACUCAGGAUGAUGGAUUGGAUAGUUAUCAGGACAGAGAUUUGGAGAGCCUUAGACAGCAGUGGUUAAUAGAAUGGACCAAAAGGCAAGACUAUUUGGAUCAACAUCUGCAGAAGCUUGUUAACAAAUUAGACAAAUCAGAGAAUGACACAGAAAGAGAAUGCCAAUUAUUAGAGCGUAGGCUCACAUUAAUAGAAGAGAGGAAUGCUGUUAUGGUGCCAUCUGAAGGCAGUGGGAUUCCUGGAGCACCUGCUAAGUGGACUCCUGCUCCUGGAAUGGAAACUCAUAUUCCUGUUUUAUUUCUUGAUCUCAGUGAGGGUGACUUGAGAUCACAAGAAAACUUGGAAGAACAUGAUACAGCUGCCUGGAAUUCAACUUUGGCUGGAGAAAUUAAAGAGGAUUUUUUUGAGCUGCAGAUUGUAAAAAAUUAUGAUGGAGAAAUUAAAUCUGAAGCUUCUUGGGAUUCAGCAGUACACAGCUGUCCACAGCUAAGUCGUGGGACUGCAACAGACCAGCAUGUCUAUCUAAUAGUGAAAGCAGUUGUCCAACUAAGCCAUCCCGCAAAUAAGAAACUUCUUUUACGAAAGCGAAUCUGUGUGAAUGUCACUGGCAAACAGAGUUUUACACAAAGCUUCCUCCGAAUGAUUUCUCAACGAAGUACCAUCUCAGGCUGUGGUGUGACUUUUGAACUUGUUUCCAACAUUCCAGAGGAAAAUAAAGCCUAUGAUGAUGGUGAGAUGCUUGCUCAGCUGGCAACUAAAUCUGAACAAUCAAAUUCUGCUGACACAGAGGCAGCUAUAGAGAAGUACCUACGUAGUGUACUUUCUGUCGAAAACAUUUUGACAUUGGACAGGCUACGACAGGAAGUUGCAGUCAAAGAACUUAAUAAAGGAAUGGGAAAACAUAACAGACGCAGCCACAGUUCUCCAAAUGUGCAUAAGUUAUCUGGAAGCCAUAUGGAUUUGUUUCCAAAUUACCGAUUAGAAGAUAAAAAGGUUCAUUGGGAAAGUCAACAAAAUGUUUCAACAGAUUUGCAAUGGUCAAACAAUACCCCCUCUCCACAACAUCAUUCCAGGCGCCCUGAAGAGUGUUCAGGAAAUCAUGCAGCUGCUGCAUCUCUUCUCAGUCAACAGAGGCCUUCAAUGCCUAAACUGAUGAAGUCCCUUUUCCCAGUACAACCUGAGAAAAAAAAGUUGACAACUUCUCCUCUUUUACAUCAGGCUCCCAAGGAAAAGAGUCUGGCCAAUGUCGAUCCUAGUUUAGCAAGCACAGAAGAGCCUCUUAAUCAAGGUAGUCUUGAAGAUCAAGGUUCUCAUCACAGCUUCCAGAUUGAAGACUAUCCUGGCAAUAAUUGUUCAAAAACAACACAUUCUGAAGAAUCUAUAGUAAAGAAUAAUUUAAAUAUUUCACCAGAAAGCAGGUUUCUAUCUAAUAUGUGUGCACUGAGUGAUAAAAUUAAACCAUCACAUCAAAGUAAUACUUUGGUAAACUUUAAUACUGAGGCAAAUCUAAAGACAAACAUUAGCCCCCAAAAGGAUACAUCAGAAGUGACAAAAAGGAAGACCUCUUAUAUUUCUAAUUGUAGGGAUAUCAGAGAGAAACAAACAACAAAUCAAUGUCUAAAAAGUUUACCUCAUCAAAUACAAGGCAUGUCUCAAUCUAAUUUGCCAACCACCAGCCCCUUUAAGAUCACAAAAGUAAAGACAUCAGGUUUAAAGUCAUUCUCAUUAAUUUUAGGGGAAGAUCUCACACAAUCUGGACAUAGUUUUGUGUCAGAUAAAUUGCAUGUAAAGAGUGAAAGGAAAAUAGAUUCAUCUUUAGUAACUACGACUGAAAAUUUCCAAACUGUAGAAUGUCAAUCUGAAGUAAAAACUGCGCAAGUGGAUAAGCUAUUGGAAGUCUCUAACAGUCACAGCAGUUUUGUUCCAGACUGGCUAAAAAAAGACAUAUCUGUAACCAUUGGAAACAAUAAAAAUGGAAAAGUAUGUUACAUUGGACCCACUGAAUUUGCCGAAGGAAUCUGGGUUGGUGUUGAGCUGGAAGUUCUUGCAGGUAAAAAUGAUGGUUUUGAUGCUGGGAAGCAAUAUUUUAAGUGUAAACCAGGACAUGGAGUAUUGGUAAGACCAGAUAGAGUAAAUCGAGCCAGCUGCAACAUGCAACAAAGCGAGGAUUCUACUCAUACAAGUGUUUAAGGGAUCCAGUCGAGAACUGCUGCAGUUUCUCACACUAUGAAUGAAUCAAUUAGUAUGUUUUAAGAAGGAAAAAAAAAACUGCAAACUGGAAGACAUAAAUAAAUAACUGACAGAAUUCACUGUAAUAGAACAUAAUUAUCUGAGCACAAUAAAAACUGAAAAGCUCAUUUUCUCAAACUAUGUUGUUAUAGUUUUAUAUUGUAAAGAGUUGCCAUUGUUAUCUUGGCAUAAAUGUCUCUUUAUGUUACUUAAUUUUAAUCUGUUUCAAAUCUCUUAACAAUUAGUCAGCAUUACUGUAAUUCUGCGUGUAUCAGUUAGCUUGAAAAAAAAGGAUCAUCAUAGGGCUGUCAGCUUUAUCAGGAAUUAUAUAUCAUAAAGUGAAAUAAUUUAUAGGAACUAUAACAAUUGUCAAAAUUUUAUGUUAUUAGUCUCUUUCUUUUUUAUUUCUGGGAUUUUAUUAUUCACAUAAUUCAUUCAUUUAUUUUAUAAACCUACUUUAUUCAUUAUAGUUUACAGGAAACUUGAGCUAAAACCUAUUCUGCUUUGUUAAUUUCAAACUUAAAUGUAAUAUCUAACCCUUGCAGAUAAUGCUAAUGUGCACAUCAGCAGUCACCCCCACUCAGGAAUUUAAAACAACUAAUCACGCUAGCAUUCACAUAUUUGGAUUAUAUGUCUGUAGUACUAGGGUAUUGUACCAUGUUAGCCAUUAUGGAUGUAGUGAGAAGUUAAGAAAAAUUACACCUUUAUUGGCUAACUAGAAAGAUUAUCACAUGGCAAAUCACAUCUUGCCUAAAAAAUGGGCCUGAGUUGCCUUGAAAACUUGCAUAUCAUAAUAUUUCUAGUUAGCCAAUAAAAGGUGCCAUUUUGCUCAAUUUCUCACAACAUUUUUGGAUUGUAAAACAAAACAUUAAUUGGAGAAAAUCCAAACAGAUAAUGAUAGAACACAGAAAUCCAAGGCUGUGUUUCAAACCCAAGUCCUUGGAAGUGUGAAACAGUAAUGGUAGUGUGCAGCUGAGUAGGGCAGGAAGACCAGCAACAUUGUCUACUUCUAAAGGGGAAAUUAUCAGAUACUGUCUGGCCCAGGUACAGUCCCAUUUGACUGGCUAAUAUUUAUCCUCAAUAAUUUCUUAGUCUUUUCACCUGGCUUCUCUCAAACUAUCAAGUUCCUUUAUCUUAUUAUAAGUAAUUAUUAUUAUUAUUAUUAUUAUAGUAAGCCUGGGGUUGCAUCUGUAGUUUCAUUAUAUGGUCACUGGUAAAUUAACAUCUUUCACCGGGAAAUCACUUAGUGACCACUAUCUGAUUCAAUACUAUCAUCAGUGUCCACAAUGUAAUAUUGAUUAGUUUUAUUAUUCCUUCAGCUCUCACUUAUGAACUACAGUCCAAGACUCCUUUCCUCAGGAUGCAGAAAGUAGGUCACUUGCUGUUAGAAAAGGCUGGAAGAGAAACAUUUGCCUCAAACAGAGAAUGGUCACAUCUUUGGUAUAGUUCCUCACAGACCAGUAAACAGAUAAUACAAAAUCAUGACUAACUCUUGUUCCACAAGUAUAGGCAUUGUAUUACAUGCUACGAUAAAUCAUAAAUAUCAUACUUUUGCAAUUCGUUUUAAAAGAUGCUUCAUUUAUACUUAAGUAUAAACCUUUUGCAGGUUAAUAGUACAAGUGUAGACAGGAUUGAUAACCUGUAAAUCCCCACAUAUGACAAAAUAUCCACAUUAGUACAAAGAGCUGGUCCAUAUUUCCACAUCUCUUAUAUAUAUUUCUCUUCUGGUUCGUCCUGCUUCCACUUCAAAACCGGUCCCGCCCACACGCAGCUGACACGGCAUUUCUUGAUUCCUAUUUGUCCUCUUCCAUGUCAUGUACUAUACUGGCCUGCUGAGCAUAAUACAUCCAACAAGUACUCAAGGUGCUGCCACAAUAGUAAAACAGUUUUACCACCUUUGCGGGAGACACCUGUGUCUUUACAACAGCUUCUUACACAGCAAACAUCAGAAGCUAAAAAUUAUCGUGAGCACAUUCGAGAAUACAACUCUUCUCUAGUAUUUGCUUCCAUGGGUGCACAGAUAACUCAACCUCCUGGCCACGGACCAUACGUUUUAAAAUACACAGGCACAUUUAUCACCAAAUCUCUCCACUAUACGCUAAUGCUUCUGCCUCUCCGGGAUAUGGACAGUUGUAUGUUUUUGACACAGCGCAAACUACUGAAGUACGCUAACAAAACAAAGCAAACUCUGCAUGCAGCGAAAAUGUACUUCUCUAGCUAGAUUCCAUGCUCAGAACCAUCAACCCCUUCACUAAAUCAUACAAACACAUGCAUGAAAUCACUCAGUCCAAUCCAACAGCAUCUGUACGAAUGGUUUUCAAGGAAAACCCUAGGCAGGAUUUACAUACUACUUUGACUGCUUUCUCACACAUUAUUAUUGUUGUGGUACAUUGUCUCUCUAUUAUAAUAAAAAAAUCUUGGGUCGAGAAUUGAUCUUCUCUGAGACACUUUAACGUCCUGCGUGACAAGGAAGUGAGACAAAAGGGACAGCUGCUUUUUCAAAACCUGGCAGGAUCUAUUCAAUAAUAUUUUAGAAUAACCUCUUAAAACACGGAGGAAGUAGAUUCUCUCCCUGUUUCUUUUUCUUCUCCAUUUAUCUGUAUCCGCCUAUUAAACUCUUCAAUUUAUUUAUUUUUACUGUUUUUAGUUUUACUCCAUUGGCCAUGCUGUCUUUCUCAGGGGUGGGGGUUGAUUUGUUUUCAAUCCUAUUUUUUUUUUUUUUUGUAAAAAUGUAUCUAUUUGUAUGGAAUGAUUACAAUAAAAUCAAUAAAAUUUAAAAAAAAAAAAGGACAGCUGCUGUACAGGCGUUUAAAUGAUCGACACGCCGCACAACAUGCAGAUCACGCAGCACGGCACAAGCAGCAGCAGGCCAGCUGAUCAAGCAUAGAGCAGGUUAAAAAAAUGUAUUUGUUUCUCAUUGUAUCACUGAUUAAGAGGGGGCUUCCGGGGAGCGACCACAUUUCCUUAGCGUGCCUUCAACACCUCUCUUCACAAUGCAAGGGGCAGAGACACAAAGUGGCUGAUGCGUAGCGCACCCAGGGGUGGGGGGGAAGUUGGUUGAAUAACUCAUUCACUACAGCUUUAUUACUGGCAAAUAUCAAGAAAUAAAAAAUGAAUGAAAUGAAAAUAAUCUCUUUAAAUUGUAUAUCCGGUUAACCAGACCCGGGGGUUGGCGAGCAUGGGGUGGGGCUCCCUAGUACUUUAUAAUUUCUUAGAUUAGUUUGCCAAUAAUGAAUAUUAAGCUUAUUGCUCAUAAUAUUCAAUAUUCAAUCUCAUUUUUUACUUAAUAUGACAAUUAUUUGUGAGCUUUUUGUCUUUGGUAAACCAAGAAAAGGAAACACUGAUAUAAAUGAUCUUAAAAUUGUGCUGAUCCAGCACAACAGCUUAAUUUUUCUUUUAUGCAUUCUGCAAGUGUUCCAAGCUGUAUUGAGGCUGUACAGAUACAACUCCUCACAUUUGAAACAGGGAAAAUUGAUUGCACACUAAAGGAAACACUCCUUACAUACUUGUUGAAAUGUCAGACAGCACACAAACAGUUCCAUAGAAUUCACUUUACUUUUACGUUUGUUAUAUUUAAUAUAGGAGAGAUUUUCAUGGGCAGUCCUUUUAAUGGCACUAAGGAUUAAAGAGCAGGAUAAAAGCCAUUUUUAACUUGUCACGAAAUCAGUUACUGAAAGUUUGCCUAAUGUGAUCAUAUACUGAAGACCAGUAUGUAACCUGCAUGUCAAAACCAGUGGCCUUUAGUUACCUAGUAUAAUACAUUUAACUAUGACAUGAUCCAAAAGAAAGUGUCUUAAAAGAAUAUUCUUAAGGAGACCUGUCAUUCAGUAGAAUUUAAGUUGUACGAGAAAAUGUGUUAAUGCAAGAGAGCAGACUUAUUUUAAGUGUGGUCCAGUUUAAAGCGCAAAUCGUUUAUUGUCCUUGUACAUUUGACAGAGAGAAACUCUUUACCCUGAAUACACAAAAGUCAAUUGGUCCUUUUUUUAGAACUUGAACAUUUUUUAUAGUUAUCUUGUCAUAAAUAUAAUUUUAUGAAUGGUUAAUUGGAAUUCCUGGAACUUAUUUUUGUGUGUUUAUCUUGUAUCAUAUUAAUAUAAAAUUUUAAAAUAAUCAAUUCAUUUUCAUUUUUGUAUUUUAACUUGAAUGUUUUGCUGAAAUCCAAAUAAAUGUAUAUUCUAUAAAUGUUUAUAUCAUUG